UUAACUAUAAUAUGUAUAAGUCAUUUAUAUCGAGAAGCGACGUCCAGUGCCAGACAAGGCAUGCGGAGAAGCCGGGGAAACCACGCCGGCAGUAAUACUGGGUACAGAUGCGUAAUACUGACUGCGGGAAGCUGCAUCUCGACAAGAAUGUAACCUUCCCCGAUUGUUUGACUGGCACACCGAAACAACUUUAUAUCAUCCUAUCUUUUACACUCUGUUCUUUUUGUUCCAUCCGAACUAUUUCCCGACACUUCCCCACCCGCGGAACUACAGACCUGGGUAUAUAUCUGGGUAAGUAAACUGUUAUGCGCGGGUGCAAACGUAUUGCCUCUUCUCCUUUUUAGAUACCUGCCUGAUUUUUUAAAUUAGUCGUCUGGCUCUGCGCGUUUGCACGGCUUCAGCUUUCGAGAAUGCCUCAUAAGGAAGAAGAGAUUUCCGAAUUCACUCCUGACCUUUAUCCUCCGUUCCCGGAAGACGUCCCUACGGUCGAGCUACAAAGUAUCUCGUUAUUGAAGAUUCUUGAAGGGGACACAGUAGAGCGGGACCGCGUCUACGAGGCCUGUGUUGACCGCGGAUUCUUCUAUCUUGAGCUCAAUGGCAGCGAAACAGGCGAGACUAUCUUGCGAGGCGCGGAUCAGAUCGCAUCAACGGGAGAGCGGGUCUUCAAACUACCCCUCGAGGAAAAGAUGCGAUACAAGAUGGUCAAGACGUUGUUUGGGUACAAGUUUGCUGGGGCGACCGUAACCGACAAGUCCGGGACCCCGGAUACGGCCGAGUUCUUUAAUGUGGGCAAAAAUGAUAUAAUAGUACCCGACGACCGUAUGGUACGCCCGUGGCCUUCAGCAAUCUUGGACGUGAAGCCACUUUUUGAUGCCUACAUGAAGAGCGCACACUCGGUCGGGAUGACAGUUCUGGCGAUCAUCGCCGAUAAACUCGGUGUUGAAUUUUCUGAAUUCACAAGCCGCCAUAGGAUCGAAGAGCCCUCUGGUGAUCACGUUCGAAUCACAAGAGGCCCGCCACGCGAUACAGAAGAGAUGCCUGAGAUUCAGACGCCAUCACACACCGAUUUUGGGACGAUCACCAUCCUUAUGAAUUGGCUUGGUGGGCUCCAGGUCUGGUCCGAAUCCUCGCGAAAGGCGCAGUUGAAUGGGCUUGAGCCUGACGUACCAGGUGAAUGGCUCUGGGUUAAGCCUAAAAAAGGUUGUGCCAUCAUCAAUCUAGGCGACGCCGCCGUUCGGUUCACUAACGGAGUGGUCUGCUCCGGCCGUCACCGUGUGAUACCAUCUCCAGGUGCACAAGGACGAUGGCCGCGGUACAGUAUCGUCUAUUUCGUCCGUCCCGAAGACAAGUGUCUUAUGAAGAGCCUAAAAGGCAAUGGAAUUCCCGAAAGUCGAGAAGACGAAGAUGAAGGGCUGACGGCUACGGAAUGGAUAUAUCGAAAAUCUGUAGCAUUGGGGAAUCGCUUUGACAAUUGAUGGAAUAAGAGCGAGUCUAGAGUCUUUUGCCCUGAUGUUCUGAUUUUCCAAUAUGUAAGAGUUGAAGUGGGUGAACAACCGCUACCCCUGAAGCUCUUUUAUGUCUAGAUGGUACGAAGAAUGUCUGCGGGUACUUGAGGAGGUGAUUGAGUGGAGUGGAUCGGGUAGGGGAAACAGAUAGGCCUGUUUUUGGCAGCGUAGGUGGCCUAUGUGAUCUGAGAAAUAUUCG